AUGAGGACAAGAAAAGGUCUAGAAGUGUUACCAGCAAAACCUGCAACAAAAAGCCCAAAAAAAGCGGAAAAGAAAAGCGAAAAAGCAUCAAUCAAGGAAAGCUUCGUCGAGACAAAGAAAAGAGGACUGCCAGAAAAAGUAAUCAAAGACGAGCCGACGAACCCGUCUACUUCUAGAAGAGGAACAAAAGAAUCAACUCAAGAAACAAAAAGCGUUGAUGAUCCGACCAUCAAGAAAGCCAACACAAGUCGAUCAAAAGAGGAGUUAAUGAGCCCCACUAGUGAUGCGAUUUCAAAGACGGCUGAUGUGGCUCGAAUGGAAUCCCCUCGAUCUCGCAGGCAACUAAACGCGAUGCAAAAGGUUCCACAACAAGUAAUUGUGGAAAAGCCAGCAAAAAUGAAAACAGACGGGAAAAUUACACGACAAAAAGAAGUGGAUAACUUGGAGCAAAAGAGGCUCAUUGACCCUAGUCAAGACGAUUCAAAAACAGCAAGUGGUUCGAGCCGAAAGAGAAAUGAAAGCACCACCUCUACAAUAGAAUCACUGUCAGAGGAGCGCAACCAAAGGAAACGACGGAAACCGGCUGCAUUUGAUGACUAUGUCGACUAUGAUCUUACCGCUUCACGAAAACCACGUAACUUAUUGGAGACACGAGCCACGUCUAACGCUGACAACAAAGAAAUGGAGUCACCUCAGAGACCUCUAGAGACAAUGCAAUCACAACUGCGGCGAUCACCGGUCAAAAUUGAGAGCAAGCCAAUCAUUUCCAACAACACUACCUACCCUAGAGAAAAAAUGAACUUGAAUCAACCAAAUGAUUCUAUACAACAAUCACGACAACAACCGCAACAACCAGUGAGAACUCUAAUCAGACAAAUGGCAUCGAACGUUCAACAAAUUCAACGUUUUUCACAACAACCACCUCCACCACAACAAAUGUUGAUGGCAAGAGAUAAGCAUCAUUCAGCGAUCAUUCAUCAAAAAUCUCCGCCGCCUCCACAACAAGAUGGGUUUGCGGAAGAUGUAUACCGGCAAAAGACCUCUAUAAUGGAGGUUGAUGUGGAUGUAGCUGAAAAUCUGGAAAUUUCCACUUCGUCACCCCAGCUAUCACCAAAACGACCGGCCAUUCUUUCGAGGAAAGUGCACCAUAUACCUCAAUCACCAAAGAGACCAGGACAGCCAGUUCAAGCUCCUCCACCUCGAGCUGCUCCAUUAUUGGUAGCGGGCCCUCCCCGAUCUCAUGGGCCCCCACCAAAAAGUGCCGCUCAAGUUCUACAAACACAAGUCACCAAACAGCAUCCGACGCUCGUUCGCCAACGGCAACAAAUUUCACACAAAUCCCAUCCUGGAAGGUUUUCUCAAACCGUUGAUAGGGAAGGAUUUUUUCCCUCAACCUCAAGAGCUUCAUUAGGUAUAACUCGUUUGCAGCAAAACGUUGUGAAGACUACUGGCAAGUUUUCGGAAGCUGAUCAAAGACUGAUAAUUCAAAUUGCUGAUCGCGAUAUCUUUUUGGAGUCUCUGAUGAUUUCGGAGGGUGGUGUACCACGUGCUGCUUAUGGGAUGUACAGUGAAAAUGGAACACUGAUAGGUCUUGGAAACAUUAAUGAACAAGGUGAGUUUGUGCAAGAAAUCGAUGAAAUGCAAAACGUUGGUGAUGAAGUGCAAAUCGUUGAUGAAACUGUUGAAAUCGACCAACAGGAGACUCGACAGAAAACGUUGAGUCGAGUCGAUCCAGCAAGUUUCAAAAAGAGAAUUUCAUCGAUGAUGCCAGAGAAUACGGAUGAUAACCUUGAUGAUAAUGAUGAUGACGGACCUCCAGAGUUGGAGCCCGAAGUAGCUGAAGUUGAACAACCACCUCCUCCACCGCAAGAAGUCACAUUUCAUGAAAAUGAUAUUGCCUAUGAUGAGCAAGAACUGAUCGGUGAGGGCGAGUACAUAGAUGAUGAAACUAUGGAAUACGUCGAUGGUGAUGUUGCUGUGAUUCCCGGCGAAGGAGAAGUGCGAACUGUUGAAUUCAACUUCCUAGACAAACAUAAUAUCGGUUGUGGACUUUGUGGAGAGAUUGUACCGGAAGAACUAUUGAUGUCUGAACAUCUGCCCAACGCUCAUCCUGAAGUUCUCGGUGAUGGAACGAACGAACUGGAAGAAAUUCCCUACGAAGCGUGGCUUCGAGAAAAAAUUGGUAACGAGAAACGAUCAAUGGAAAGCGGCUAUCGUACUUCACUCCCUUAUGGAUACGGAAUACCAAGGGCUACUCGGAAAGUUUCUUCGGUUCGCGUUUGCCCAGCUGAGAUGACACUACAACAAUUGGAUGAUUGCUUAAAAAAGAAAAUGGUGGAAAAGCUGGGGCGCCGGGUUCGGGUGUCACUGGUCGACAAACUACAUGCAAGAUGUGGGGAAUGCGGAGCGAUCAUUUCAUUGAACAAGAAAUUUGAGAUUAUGCACCUUGUUCGUCAUUUCAAUGCCUGGCAUCCCACUUCGCACCGAUGUGCUGGUACAUGGCAAAGAAAGAAUCCUCAGCCAGGACUAGGCAAACCACUCAGCAUACAAGAUUUUUGCCUAGCCGACAAGUCUCUUGAUUCAACUGUCGACAAUCUCCAGUGUAUUUGGUGUGGAAUGUUGAUGACAAAAGACACGCUUGCAAUGCACUUUCAUGAAGUUCAUGCGGAUGAGAUUGAAGUCCCUUCGUGUCGCUUAUGCAUUGAGGAGCUUGUCAUAAACGCCCGUCUUCGUGAAUUGUACUUGGAAGAUUUUGAUAUCAUUUUGCCUGAUGAAAAGCACUAUGAAUGCCCGAAGUUCAGUAUCAAAACAACGUCCGAAAAAAAUUUGCAAAAGGCAAUCAAUAAACGUUUAACGGCACAAGUUGGCGAAUAUGAUGAUGACGAUGACGAUGAUCGUUGUUCAGAUGAUGAAGAUAGAUUGGAAAACAAACCUGUAAUGAAUUCCCGGAUGCAAUAUGGGAGAAGAAAUAAGCCAAAACGAACAUUUGUUAUGCCUGCUUACAGACAAACAGCGCCGACAAACUCCGAAUACGUUGAAGCUUUGACGGAAACGCAGUGGAGAUGCAAGAAAUGCGAUUUUAUCAUUAUGGCUGCCGUGAUGUCGGCAGGGUGCAUAUCUCACUACAAAAAGUGUCAUCCCGAGCUUCACGACAAACUGAGAUACGAAUUGUGCAAGAUUCGACUCGAAUAUAUCUCAGAUAAAUGUAUGGAAUUUGUGCACGCAUCCCUUAUUGAAUGUCUUGUGUGUCAAAUCCCAUUCGCGUUACACAGACCAUACAACAUGUGCAGGGCAAUCCGGCACUUACAAAAGAAACAUCCGGAGAUGAUGCCAGAGUCUCAGCAAGGUACGCAAAUUGGAUACUCGUUGAACCAUGUUUCACUGAAUACAGAAGAGCGUCGUCGAGGAUCUCGACGUGAAGAGAAAGCCGCAAACAUCGAGCAAAAUGAAGAAACUAUUUUGACAGAUGUCGAGAUUCAAAGGCUAAGAGAAGUAUCAAAUGUUUACUUUGACGAGGUCCGAAUCAUUCCUGGUGACAAUGGAGAACAAGUUUUUCUCCUGCUCAAUGAUGGAAAGGUUGUGGAUCAACAAACCCAAACGGCCAUUUUGGGAAGUCGCGAAGGUACAACAGAACCGACAGGAUAUGUAGAACAAUUUGCAGAGGGAGAAUAUGUUGAGCUUCAUCCAACAAGCAGCGGUCAGCACAAAGACACACAAGACACACCGGUUAUCAUCGAGUUGGAUGAGGCUGAGUACUUUGAUGAUGAUGAAGCUCCAAUCCCGAGUGAAGAUGGCGCAAUGUUCCGUCGUUUGUAUGAAGUGAAAUCGUACCAUGAGAUGCAAGAGAACAACACGUUGAGAGUAGAACCACCCGGUUAUCUGAGAAGAGCACUUGAAUUGAGUGGAAAUGAUGGAUUCAGGAUACUUGAAUACUUCGUGCCCGAGGAAGUUUAUGAAGAAGAAUUAGAAGAGCAUGAUCAAGCAGAAAGCCACAAA